AUGCAGUCUAAGGCCCACUCUUGGAUAGCGGUCAAUAGUGUAGUAAAUGCAGAUGGUUUUAGUGCGGCCACCAGUAAGGAGAAGGCUGAAGUUCUAAAGAGCUUUUUCAAGAAAUUCCACAUAUCGGACUUGGGAAACCCGUUGCCUGACCCAAUGGGUAGGCUCCCCGAACAACAAAUGGCUCCGUUUGUCUUAGAGGCAAAGGAGGUAGAAGCAGCACUGAAACAGCUGGAGCAGAACAAGGCCGCGGGCCGGGAUGGGCUGCAUCCAGUAACCAUGCGACCCAUUGCUGACAUCAUUGCAGGUGCUCACUCAGAUUUUCAACCGAUCCCUUGCCUCAGGAACGCUGCCGGCCGACUGAACCACGGCAGAAGUGGUGCCAAUCAACAAAAGUGGGUCAAUGGUGGCUGCAUCGAACUAUCGUCCAGUGAGCCUGCCUUCCGUAGUCCUGAAAACCUUCGAGCGUCUCCUUAG